GUCUUUUCUGCUCAUGUCACUACAUAAAACUAUCAGAUGGUUAGAGGAAGGCCAUGGAGGCAUCCACUUAGCUCGUCUUAUCGAGGACGCCAAAUGAAAUCUAUUCACAGCUCCGCUAGCGGGACGAUCUGACUUACUUUGGCAGAGAGACUCACAGCAGCCGUCACUCCAUAAAUGUGCAGACUGCACACCGCACGGGCGCUCGAUCCGGCUGUUUAGCGCACAACUCCAGCAGUGUCGAUAUUGAAACUUUCCUCGCUGGCUGUUGUGUUUUUUUUUCUUCAUGAAGAGCGGCAAGCUUUCGUCAAGGAAUUAAGGGAGACUAUAUUUUUGUUUAGUUUUUUCGUUUUUUAAAUUGCUUUUCCUGAAGAUAUCCAGGAUGCCUCGCCCAGGGAGAAACACGUACAGCGACCAGAAGCCGCCUUACUCCUACAUCUCCCUCACUGCCAUGGCGAUCCAGAGCUGCCCAGAGAAGAUGCUGCCUCUCAGUGAAAUCUACAAGUUCAUCAUGGAUAGAUUCCCGUAUUAUAGAGAAAACACUCAGCGGUGGCAAAACUCGCUGCGACACAACCUGUCCUUCAACGACUGCUUCAUCAAAAUCCCCCGGCGCCCGGAUCAGCCGGGCAAAGGCAGCUUCUGGGCUCUGCACCCCAGCUGCGGGGACAUGUUCGAGAACGGCAGUUUCUUGAGACGACGCAAGAGGUUCAAACUGUUGACUUCGACCGAUCACUUGGCCCCCAGCAAGCAGUCGGACGCCGCCCAUUACCUGCAGCAGCAGGCCAAACUGAGGCUGAGCGCCUUGGCGGCCAGCGGCACACACCUGCCCCAGAUGUCAUCUUACAACCUCGGAGUGUCCCAGUCCUCAACCUUCAAGCACCCGUUCGCCAUCGAGAACAUCAUCGCCAGAGAGUACAAGGUGCCGGGCAGCCUGGCGUUCUCCACCAUGCAGUCCAUGUCCGCCGGCUACCCGCUGCACAACCAGCUGACGACGGCCUGGCCCCACAUGUACAACACCGGCAUGAUCGACACGACGGCCCCCAUCUCCAUGGCGAGCGGCGACUACGGCGCGUACGGCAUGCCGCUCAAGUCCCUGUGUCACGGGGGACAGUCGUUACCGGCCAUUCCCGUGCCGAUCAAGCCGACGCCGACCUCCAUGGCGGGGUUCUCGGCGUUGCCGCCACACAUUCCCGCGUUUCUGUCGAACUCUCCUCAGUCGCUGAGCCCGACGUCCCCGCAGACAGCGACGAGCCAAAGCAGCCCGGCGACCCCCAGCGAGACUCUGACCAGCCCCUCCACCUUGCAGUCCGUGGCUGUGCACUGACCGGCCGAACUUUUCUCGUGCAAACGAAGUGCUGGCCGGCUCCCAGGGCACCUUUUAUCAAUCCCAAAGUUUAUAUUUUCUGUCGUCGGAAACUAUCAAGGCGAGUUGCAGUUGCAUAUCUGAAUUAAUUGUGUACGUGUCGAAUGUGUCGCUUUAAAUCGUGUCAUAGAAGUCCAGCACAGAGAGUAUUGCUCUUGAAAAUAUAAAUUAUUUGAUAGUUCUAUUUUUCAGUUUGUUCGGAAACGUGAGCGGCGGACGUGGUGUGCCAGCUGGGGGUCGUUUGUUUUGGCACCACCGGCUCUGAUUUGAAGUGCUUGCAAUUUCCGUGGCAGUUUUUCAGUUGUAUCAAAUAGCAAAAUGUUUGCACCGUUUCUGUGUGACCGCUGUAAUGUCAAUGAAAUUGCGAGGCAAUGGCCGUGUUUUCGUUUGCUUUUAAUUACUGCAAUGAUGGAUAAGGGUAUACCAAAUAGGAAUAGGAUUUAGAUGUGUUCCUACCAUCUCCGUAAAAAAAGAAAGCAAAAUGAGUUAUCAUAUCUUUUCAAACUGGAAAAGUGGUAUGAGACGUCCUCACGAUGCAAGGUGUGAAUAUUGCAAAUAACUGAUACUGAAAUGUUGUAAAAUGCACUUUUUAGUUUUAUGUUUUAGAUAUCUAUUUUCCAGAAAAAGUUCUGUGAAGCAUUUAAUUUAAAAGGCUGUGGUGACCAUGUGUAUCAGAUGCUGUAAAUUUGUACUGUUUUUUAGGUAAAAGCAUGCAUUCAAAAAAAAUUGUGUUGGUACUGUUGUUGUUAUUGUUGUUGUUUUGUUUAUGUUUGAUAUUUUUUUGCAAGCAUGCGUGCUUUCGAAAAGUGUGCAAACAGUCUGCAAUGAGUUGGAAAAAGUGGUCAUCAAAAUAUUUUCUCAUUAAAAGUGAAGUAAACAAUCAAAAAUGUUUCUGAAGAUUUAAUCUAAGAAAACUUUUAAUUUGAGUAUUGUUAUUGCUAUUACAUUUAUUAAAAUAUAUGAAACUUUUUUUUCCGGAAAAUCAUACAUUAAUUUCCUACCAAAAAUAAAAUAAUAAGAAUAAAAGUUUCAUUGAUAGUAAUAAUAACAAUUAUACCGCUGAUCUCGUGUACCAGGAUUUGAUUUCAGUGUGGAAGAGAAGCAGUGGGGAGAGAAAUGAAUGUGCAGUCGAUUAGGAUGCAUGGAGUUGCGAUGCAUGGUCACAGCGCAGACAAUUGGGCUCAUUCAUCACGCUGUGGGCUAAACACAAUUAAGCCCAACAAUAAACAUUUGGAAAAGCCGCAUAGUGUCCAAAUUUAGGCUCUUUACGUUGUCCUUCAAAAGUCAUCGAGCGCAGUUAAACGUGUCAAGCAGAUUUUUUUUUUCUCAAAUGUUUCGCGCUUAUCGAAUGCUUUAAUGUUGAAGACGACUUAAUUCAACAAGUUUCUAAAUACAGAUGGAGAUACAUCUACAAAGUAUAUCUAUACAUAUUUUUCAUUCUAUUCGACUAUUUAUUUUCACGAUAAAAAGCGCUUUAGCUGCCUCCCUUGUAGAAAAGCAGCAGUCUUUUGGGGGUAUUAAACAAAUACAUUUGAAUUCCGUCACUUUAUACAAUCGAGUAGAUCAAAUAAAGGGUCUCGGGCCACUUCAUUCUCCCUCAUUCACUUGAAUUGAAAGUGCAAAGAAAAGCAAACUUAGACUGGGCCACCAAUGUAGAUUUAGCCUUUUUUCAGGAAGACAAAAAGACUGAUUUUUCACAAACACAUUGCUGACUGGGGAACUAGGAAACGAGCUGCAAGACCCUUUUGGAAUUUAAAUCCACCCCUCCCCCAUGGACUGUUUGGACAACAGUGUUAGUUUUUUCUUCUUCUCCUCACUUUGUGCAUUUGUGUGUGUAACAUUCAUUCUGACUCUGGAUGAUUUAAUGUAUUGACACUGCAACGGCAGAUUACAAGCUUUAAUUUGGAAUCAGAUUACAUUUUUCUGGCUGGUCAUUACAAUUUCAUUUAAACCACAUCAACGUGCCGUAUGGAACUUUUUUUCACUAAGCACAUUAAAGCAAUGAGUCCAGCCACAAAGAAAUAUGUAACAACACUAUAUAUUUACUACACAUUUAAACGUAUCCACCAGGAUGGAUUUCAGUGUACUUUGUCUGUUAUAAUUAAAAUAUGAAUGUAACAUAUAUAUAUAAAUUAAUUUCUGGAAAAAAACUUUUGUGAAGAAGAACUCAUUCAUUAAAAAAAACGUCCCAGAAUUAAAAAGUAACUAAAAGUGUUCAUUUGAUGUGUUAUGUUCUAUUUUGAAGAAAUGCAACUUUAGAACUGCAACAUCCUUGCCUCCUUUGAUUAUAUUUUAAGAUGCAAUGCGUCGAGCGGAUGUUUCAUGAAAGUGACUGAAAUAUUGCACAUAAACGGAAUGAAGUAAUUCCAGAAAAGAGGUUUUUCUGGUUGUCAGUGAGUUCGCAAAUAAACAAAAACCUUCAGCUUGUCCAGCACAACAUGUUCAAAUGAGCAUGGAACCGAAGGUUACAGGUGGAAGAGGGAAGAAAUAUAUUUGACAACAUUGGAAUCCCAUCUGACACCCAAUUUGGAAAUCCGCAUUUUUUUUCUGAAUGAAAACAUAAAUUGAGAACUGUUGUUAUGUAUGUAUUUUUUUCAUCUGCUAAUGUUCCAGUUUACCUCCUAUCAUUUCAUUCAUUCCUUAUAAUAAAACUGGUUCUUGCCAAUUCA